AUGUCAUUCGAGCUUCCAUCAAACCUCCUUCCAAAUGAAGCGAGCCCCGAGUGGUUGAACAAAGGUGACAACGCUUGGCAAAUGACCGCGGCCACGAUGGUCGGUCUACAAAGCGUCCCGGGAUUAGUCAUAUUGUACGGUAGCAUUGUUAAGAAGAAAUGGGCCAUAAACUCGUGUUUCAUGGCACUUUUCGCCUUUGCUGCAGUACUGGUGUGUUGGGUUGGUUGGGGAUACCAGAUGUCAUUUGGUUCGGACCCAUUUCUACCCAUUCUAGGAAGACCCGGUUUCGCAUCACUACGUGCUAGUUACCUAGUCGAAAAAGCGUUUACUGGAAAAUUGCCGAACGCGACGAUGGUGUUUUUUCAGUUUGUUUUUGCCGCAAUCACGUUGAUCUUGAUAGCCGGUGCUUUGUUGGGGAGGAUGAAUUUCUACGCGUGGAUGGUGUUUGUUCCAGUUUGGCUCACGUGCUCGUAUACCGUUGGCGCGUAUAGCAUAUGGUGUCCGACCGGUUGGUUGGCCAAGAAAGGGAUCAUCGACUAUUCUGGUGGUUACGUUAUUCAUCUAUCUUCUGGAAUUGCUGGUAUCACCGCGGCUUAUUGGGUCGGACCGAGGGAAAGUAAGGAUCGUGAGAGGUUUCCUCCGAACAACAUACUGUUGAUGCUUUUAGGGGCAGGACUACUAUGGAUGGGUUGGACCGGGUUCAACGGGGGCGAUCCUUAUAUGGCAAGUCGGGAUGCAUCACUAGCGGUCCUUAACACACACCUGUGUGCGGCCACGAGCCUCCUAACAUGGCUCAUGCUCGAUAUCUUGUUCUUUGAAAAGCCAUCAGUUAUUGGUGCCACUCAAGGAAUGAUCACCGGCCUCGUAUGCAUCACCCCGGCCGCAGGGGUUGUGCAAGGCUGGGCAGCAAUUAUAAUGGGAUUGUUAUCUGGUAGCAUACCAUGGUUCACCAUGAUGGUGGUACACAAGAAAGUGUCAUUAUUGAAAGAAAUCGACGACACGAUGGCAGUGUUCCACACCCAUGCAGUGGCGGGGUCGCUAGGUGGUUUUCUAACCGGUUUGUUUGCCGAGCCACGGCUAAACCGUAUUUUCUACGACGUAACCGAUGGGUGGCAACAUUACAUAGGGCUCAUUUACGGCUUAAAGAUGGGACUCCCGAGGGCUGGACUCCGUCAAAUUGGCAUUCAGAUGCUUGGAAUACUGUUCGUGGUGGUCUGGAACGUUGUCGUAACUAGCUUGAUUUGUAUCGCGAUUAGGGUUGUGAUCCCUCUUAGGUUAAGUGACGAAGAGUUGGAGAUCGGGGAUGAGGAGGUGCACGGGGAGAGUGCGUAUGCGUUGUGGGGGGAUGGGGAGAAAUUCGAGAAUUCAAAGCGUAAUUCCGCUCAUGGGUUUGAUGAGUUUUCAGUAAAGGAAGGAAGUAAUUUCCGAUAA